UCCUCCCGAGCGGCCUGCUGGUCGCCAGGCAACGGCAGCCCCCCCGCGGUGACGCGGGGCACGUCGCGGUCCGGCGGCGGUGUGGCCCAGCCAGCCUGCUGCGUCAGCGCGCCCUCCCGGAAGCGGCGGGGUGGUCGACAUGGCGGCCUCCUCGUCGGGCUUAGGCCUGGGCCUGGGCCUAGGCCUUGGCGGCGGCGGCGUGGGCCCAGGCUCCGAGGCCGGGGACUUCCUGGCGCGGUACCGUCUGGUGUCCAACAAGCUGAAGAAGCGGUUCCUGCGGAAACCGAACGUGGCCGAGGCCGGCGAGCAGUUCGGGCAGCUGGGCCGGGAGCUGCGCGCCCAGGAGUGCCUGCCCUACGCAGCCUGGUGCCAGCUGGCCGUAGCGCGCUGCCAGCAGGCGCUGUUCCAUGGGCCGGGGGAGGCGCUGGCCCUGACCGAGGCCGCGCGCCUCUUCCUGAGACAGGAGUGCGACGCUCGACAGCGUCUGGUCUGCCCCGCCGCCUAUGGCGAACCGCUGCAGGCGGCCGCCAGCGCCCUGAGCGCCGCCGUGCGCCUGCACCUGGAGCUGGGCCAGCCGGCCGCCGCCGCUGCCCUGUGCCUGGAACUGGCCGCUGCCCUGCGCGACCUCGGCCAGCCGGCCGCCGCCGCCGGCCACUUCCAGCGUGCCGCCCAGCUGCACCUGCCCCAGCUGCCCCUGGCCGCGCUGCAGGCGCUCGGCGAUGCCGCCUCGUGCCAGCUGCUGGCGCGCGACUACACAGGUGCCCUGGCGGUCUUCACGCACAUGCAGCGCCUGGCACGCGACCACGGCAGCCACCCCCUGCCGCCGCCGCCCCUGCCGCUGCAGCCUCCGCCCCCGCAGCCGCCGCCGCCGCCGCCGCCGCCGCAGCAGCAGCAGCAGCAGCAGCCCCCGCCUCCGCCCCCGCCCCUACCCCUGCGACCCCAGCAGCCGGCACCCGGGGCGGCCUCCACUGCGUCCCUCCCCGCGAACGCUGGCUCGGCGGCUCCGUCCCCCGCCACGCUGGGCGCCUUCUCGGACGUACUGGCCCGGUGCGAGGUGUCCCGCGUACUGCUGCUGCUGCUCCUGCAGCCACCACCAGCCAAGCUGCUGCCCGAGCACGCCCAGACGCUGGAGAGGUACUCCUGGGAGGCCUUCGACAGCCACGGGCAGGACUGCAGCAGCGGCCAGCUUCCCGAGGAACUGUUCUUGCUGCUUCAGUCCUUAGUCAUGGCUACCCAUGAGAAAGACACGGAAGCCAUCAAGUCGCUGCAGGUGGAGAUGUGGCCACUGCUGAGUGCCGAGCAGAACCACCUCCUUCACCUCGUUCUGCAAGAAACCAUCUCCCCCUCGGGACAGGGCGUCUGAUGAGUCACAUCAACCAGACCCCCUUUUGCCAGACCCCCCCACACCCAGAGCGGCGACCCCCCCCGCCCCCCAGUUUGGCACUGGGGAGAAAUAAAAGGUGGUCUUCCUGC